UGUGACACUCACAGUGAAACACCCCCAAACCUCACACACUCUCACACACAGUCACACCACAUGCUCCAGGACCGUUCGCUCAGGAUGGCCACUCACAGAAAAUGCCACAAAGCGUCACAUAUAGCUUUCUUAAUCUGUCUUUUUGCUGCCUUAUUUCAAGCUGUGAUUUGUGAUGAAGUCCGUGGGGAUGGUGAUCCGUUCCUUCAAACAGCAAAGGUGCACAGCAAAGAGACGCCACAACCUGAGACCACUGAGCUGACUCCAGAACAGACCGACCCAAACCCAGCUGAAAAAAACAGUGGCAAUGUGGUCUGUGUGGAUAAAAUACCUGUGCGAUACAAAUAUGAUGUGCAGCUGAAACUAAAGUCCUCCUCCACAUGUGAAGAGACUAAAGUCAGGAUACAGAGUGUUCUAGAACAUCUCUGCAUUGAAGACUGCAAACUUGAAAUCUAUCAGAAAGACAAAACGGAUGAGGUCAUCGUUUAUGGAGACAGCAUUGAAACUGAUCCUGAAGGAAUGGCUGGGAAGUUCAACAACGACAACAUCACAGAUAAGGUGGAAGUAGAGGAGGCCGUUUUGGGCCAUCGCUCUAAAAUUGUCCUGAUCUCUCUUCUGAUAACGGGUUUGCUUCUUGCUGCUUUGCUAAUUGCUGGAUACCUUCUAAAGACGAAUCGGGGACAAUCGAAAGGGCUACGACUGGCUGAAGACUCCUUUCAAGUGGAUCAAGAGAUACAAGGCAACACACUGCUGUCUGUGGCUCCUCUGCCUCAACAGGAGCCUUUGGACAAGCCCAUCAUCAAUGGAGAGUCGCCAGAAUCUCCCCCCACCAAUGGACACUCCGCCACCCAGACACAAGUGGCCGAUACUCCGAUGUAAGCGACUCGGAGUCCACAUCAAUCCAUCGACCCAAACAUCAUGGGUUAUCAAGCGCAACAGCAUUAGGUGUGAAAAAAAAAAGAUGAGGUUGAGAAAAACAGUGAUGAAAGUACGAAAAGACUGAUUGCUAGACAGCCUUUAAAUGAAAGAACCAAAUCUGUUCCAGCUGAGCCUGAAAUGUUAGCUGAUGAAUAACAAUUCAGAAACCACAUCAGUUAUAUACAAACAUUUACACUUUUAAAUAUGUUUGGACUCCACCAGUGUUUUGACGCAUUC